AUGCCACCCAGUGGUUCUUUCGCUGCCUGCCUGUUCCCUCUGAUAACUCACCACCCUUCAUUCAUCCUCCUUCUCCCUGUGCCUCUGCCGCUCUGCACCGCUCCCAACUCCCAGGUUUUCAGAGUGUAUCCAGGGAAGGACUACGCAGAGCUGCACUAUUCCGUGGGUCCGCUGCCCUCCAAGGGUCACAACCACGAGGUGGUGACUCGCUUCGUGUCGCCCAUCAACAGCAGCAAGGCCUUUUACUCCGAUUCCAAUGGCCGCAGCUACCUCAAGCGGGUGGGGGACUACCGGUCUGACUGGAGCCUUAACAUCACCGACCCCGUUCAGACCGCCUCCCUUCUCCAUGCCCUCUCCCUUCACCGUUCCCACCCCACCACCAUCCCCACCCCACCACCCCACCAUUCCCACCACCCCACCAUUCCCACCAUUCCCACCACCCCACCAUUCCCACCAUUCCCACCACCCCACCACCCCACCAUCCCCACCCCGCCACCCCACUGUCAGAUAACGGUUGGAGCUUUCAUAAAAGACAAAGCAGCCCAGUUGUCGGUGCUUGUGGACCGGGCGGCAGGCGCUGCCAGCCUGGCAUCUGGCCAGAUGGAGGUCAUGCUUCACAGGAAGCUGGCAUCGCUGGACGACAAGGGCGUGGGGGAGGCACUGGAGGAGAGGAUCAUAUUGGGAAACAAGACCCGCUUCCUCACCACCUUUCCAUCUCUCCCGCCCUGCAACAACCGUCCCUCCCACCCUGCAACAACCGUCUCUCCCACCCUGCAACAACCGUCUCUCCCACCCUGCAACAACCGUCUCUCCUCUGCCCUGCAGGUUGUGGGCUCUCUGCGCUUUGGCCUGCACCCCAACACGGACUCUGAAGAAAGAGCAGGGGAGCAAGGGGGGCAAGGGGAGGAUCGUCUAGGGUUGGGGCGGGGCAGCGAGUGGAGGAGGCAGCAUGCCCAGCGGCUCCUAACCCCUCUGCAGCUCGCCUUUGCGGUUGAAACUCAACAGUCCAUCAGGGCAGCACAAGGCAGCUACACGUGGCACUACUCCCUCACCCAGCCACCCUCCACGUCAGCAUCAUCCACGUCAGCAUCUUCCACGUCAUCCAGCAGCCCUGACACCUACUCGGUCCCUCCCAACGCUGCUGUCAUUUCGAUGCAGGAGCUCUCCCCAAGCAAGGUUGUUCUGAGACUAGCUCACCUAUACGAGCCUCGCGAGCAUGCUGUCUUGUCUCUCCCAGCACGAGUGGACCUUCGGAGAUUGUUUGCAGCAAAACAG